AUGGCCUGCUUUGGCCGUUGGUCCUGGCUGCUGCUCGCGUUGGCAGCACUGGAGGAGACGCAGGCUUUCACAGCGACAUGGAGCCAAGUCACGCCCUCCGGGAGUGAACCAUCGGCACGAUGGGGGCACAAAGCCGUCCUCACGACCUCAGGCGCCUGCUUCUUUGCCGGCUCGGAUUCUUCUAGCAGCUAUUUCGAAGAUUCCUGGUGCUUCGAUUUGUCCGCAAGAUCUUGGGACGAGAAGUUUACCAACUAUGGCCCCCUGUCUCGCCGCAAGCAUAGCGCUGCAGCGUACCAAGAGAGGAUGUGGAUUUUUGGUGGUGAGGACAGUAGCGGGCAAACGAGCAGUGACUUGUGGGAGCUGAAUCCGCAGGACUCUAGCUGGACACAGCUUCAUAUUUCGGCGGCUACACCACCGGGACGACGCGGACACAGUGCAGUGAUGAUUUCCGGGAUGUUGUACGUGUUCGGUGGAUACAGCAGCGGAGGUGUCCUGAAGGACCUGUGGUCGAUUGACACCCAGGCAGGAGCUCCCACAUGGCAGGAGAUUUCCAGCAUGACCCCGGCUCCUUCCGCGCGUGAAGACCACAGCGCAGUAUUGAUGAACUCUGCGAUGUGGAUUUUCGGCGGAUCUGCUGGCGGUGGGGCUAUGAACGACGUGUGGUUCGUCGAUUUGUCACAGGCGCCAGGGUUUUGGACGGAGAUCUCCACGAGUGGAACGACUGUCCGCCGAACCGGGCACAGUGCCCAUGUGCACUCCGACAAGAUGUGGGUCUUCGGUGGGCAUGAUGGAGGGGGCUUUUCGGCUGCGCUGGCAUACCUCGAUCUGACGGAUCCGGGCGGCUCCUACAGCUGGUGGGAAGACACAUCUUCAAGUGGAACCAGGCCAGCCGGCCGGCUGCGACAUGCAGCGGUUCUGGACCAAAGCCGGCUGUGGGUGUUCGGCGGAUCAUCCACCAGUGGAGACCUGAAAGAUGUGUGGUACGUUGACCUCGAGGCGGCGACAACGACGACCAGCGUCUCCACGACGGUCAGCGGCACCACAAGCAGUAGCCUGUCGGCGACCAUGAGCAGCACCACUACAAACACUGGAACCAGUAGUUCGUCCACCACCACGGCAAGCAGCACCAGCAGCAGGACCAGCAGCAGCACCAGCAGCAGCACCAGCAGCGCCAGCAGCAGUAGUACCAGCAGCGGUAGUAGCACCAGGACCACCAGUGGUAGCAGCACUGCUUCGAUGACCAGCUCAUUGACUGCGAGCAGCAGCAGUUCAGUCACGAGUCAUUCAAGCACGACGACUGGCAGCACGAGCAUCACCAUGACUCUGACCAGCAGCACAACUGUCAGCAGGACAGUGUCCAGCACUUCAACCAGCAGGUCUAGCACUUCCAGCACAACAUGGACAGACAGCACAACCAGCAGUGCUAGCAGCACCUUGAGCACAAGCAGCAGUGCAACCAGCACGGUCAGCACAACCAACAGUGUGACAAGUACAGUCAGCAUAUCGUCCACAUCCAGCACGAGCAGCUCGUCGAUCUCCGCAAGCACCAGCGCCACGACCAGUACCAGCAGGACGACAACCAACACACGCACCACUGCGACGAGCAGCUUCACGACUUCGGCCACCACGUCCUCUACGACCAGCACAGGGACCUACUCGACCACCACCACGGCUACCGGGACGACCAUCACCGUCACGGGAGCCGGGCUUGAGUUGAAGAGGCAAGAGGAGGCCUUCGAAGCCUCCGCAGCCAUCGAAAGAGCCGAGGAGGUGGCCGUCCAAGAGCUGUUGGCUGUUUUGGGGAACCAGACGCAAAGUUCGGAGACAGGAAUUCUGGUGGAGCUGGAGCCGGUGGAGACCGAAGCGGGUCUGGUGAAGACCGCCGCGCUGGCCUCAGAAGGCCUUGCUGUCGACAACGUCACGGUCAGCGCGCCGGGAGGAUCGAAGCUGGCGAUCCCGACGACAGUUCUGACCAAAGCCUCAGAGCUCUUCAACGAAUCCGGGCCGGUCCUCCUGAGCUUGACGAGCAUGUCCAGCGACAAGGCAGCGAAGUUCGUCGAUCCGAGCCGGGGAACUGAAGGAGAGCCCACGACUUCCGUUGUCUCGGACACGCUGAGCAUCAAUCUAAGAGGCCCGGACGGAUCCGAAUUGAAAGUCGAAGGCUUGUCUGAGACAGAUGCCAUCGAACUGCAGCUAUCCGUUCGUGAGGAGAACGCGAGUGCGAUGUGCGCUUUCUGGGACGAAGAGGCGCAGCGAUGGUCUGUGGAAGGCGUGCAGACGGUUCCCGGAAGCAGCCCGGGACAGCUCACCUGCCGAACGACUCACCUCUCCAUUUUCGCUGCCGUGGCCGGCUUCGUCGCAGACACUGUGUUCACGAAGAUUUCGUGCGCGACGCCCUGGGACUAUCUUGCGGAGACCGGUCUGGCCAAUCUUUCUCGGAGUGAUAGACUGCUGUCUCUGCCGGCCGUCGUCACUUACGUGGUCAUCGCUCUCUUUAUGCUGGUCUUGGCGCGGGCCAUCUACGUCGACCGCCGGGCUGCGCGCGCUCUUCCUUGGGAGGAACGGUGGCUCGUGCUCCUUCAAACCACGGAGGAGGAGACCGAUGAGCCGGUGGUAGAAGCCAGGAAGGGCUGCGCGGGUCGUGCAGAUGGGCUGCUGCGAGGUGCUGCGGACAGCAGCAUCCGCAUGAUCCACUCACACCGCAGCGGCGUUACGGUUGACAGCUUGGACAUCUUGCUGAAGCCAGGCGAGAAGUUCGAACAGCAGGUCGCCGAGGCAAGCUCCGUUCAAGCUCUCAGCGCCAUUCCGGGCCGAUUCUCGCAGUUCGUUCACUCGGUGGCGCAGAAAUCAGAGGCGGUCGUUGGGCAGUUCAUGACCCAGUUCGGCGUCCGCGCUCAUGGGAGCUCUGCCGUCCACUUCGUGCUGAAGCAGCCCUGGUGGGCUCGCGUUGGGCUUCUGUUUCUGGCGGGCCAUCCCUGGCUGGACCUCACGCGCGUGAACUUGCGCAUCUCCUUCAGGGUGCGUGUGGCGCUCCUCUUCCUGGAGGUCGCCACGACGGCGAUGCUGGCAGCGGUAUGGUUCACCAGCGACGCGACGGUAGAGGACAAGGAGGAGUGCCGAAGGGCUGACUGGAUCGCCAACUUCCUCGAGCGGCUCAUUCAGCAGGCCGUGGUGGCUUUCUUCGCCCUAAUCCUGGGGAAUCUGGUGAUCCUCGGGCUUUUUCUGCUACAACGGCCAGCUGUGGUGAAGAGGCAGGAGUGGACCGAGGAGCUGUCGAAGCGCCAGCAGAGGAGCUGGAUUUGGCGCAACCGGCUCUUUUGGUUCCUUUGGAGUCUGCAGAUGAUUGUCUGCUUGUUCUACAUCGUCGUCUUCCUGGCCAAUGUGAGCCCCGAGGAUGCCUCCACUUGGCAGCAGACCGUGGCUUUGACUCUUGUCCAGUCCUUGAUUCUCUGGCCCCUGAUCAUGGCCCUGGCCUUGGCUUCCGUGGUGAGCCUCUCCCUGCGAAGUCGACGCACCCGUGAGAGCAUCGAGAAGCGUUGGCUCGAGGACGCGGCCAAGGCGGCCCGGGCCGACGAGGCAAGGGCGGAGGAGCCCUUUAGAAUUGGCGUCCGCGACCGCGAUGCCGCAGAAGACCACGCAGGAUCAACGCCUGAACCCUCGGCCGGCGAGGCCACCCGCCGCAAGCGUGUCCAGUCCAUGGAAGUCGAGGACUUCGAAGCAAUCUUGCCGGGUAUGCCUCACUGA